GCUUCUUGAAUUUCAUCAGACUGAUUUUCCUCUGGGAUCUCUUCUACUUCAACUCAGAUUGUUUGGACAAACUCAAGGCAACAGUUCAGAGGUUUGAAGAAAAAUGGAGUUUUUGGAUUAAUGGUGCAAGGACUUUCUUCUUACUAAGAAAUAUUGCAUAUUUUAUAGCAAUUAAAAAUCUCCAAGAUUUUGAGCUGGCAUUCUUCUUCUGUUAUUUCUACGCUGUUGUCAACCUGCUUCUCAUAUUUCAUGAUACUAAAUAUGUGGUAGCUAUUAUUUGUUCCUUUAUCUUGAUUCCAUUUGUUAUUAUCGGAGAUUGAUUUACUGCUCUUUUCAACAAAUGUAAGAGAAAUCAUCAAGGUAACGCUCGAGCAAUUGAGAGAGAGAAUUUAGAAAAUGCAAUCAAUGUAGCCAAUGCCAGAGAAGACAAUAACAAUUUUAAUAAUCUUGAAGGAGAACGACCGAGACAACUCUUCAGCGAAAUAGAUCCUGAAAAUGAGGAAAGACUAGCAAUUCAGAGGAAUAAUGCCAAUAAUGUUCAAAGUAGCGAAGGAUUUCAAGUGAACAUGAGAAAUCUUGCUUUUGCAUUCAUGGAUGCUGCCAACCAUCAGAAGAAGUUCCUCAGACUUGACUCUACACUCUCAGUUGAGAUGAUGAUGAAGAAUUGGAGCCGGAAGUUCACAGAGGAAGAUACCAACGCAUGUCCAAGCUGCUGAGUCUGAUUGGAAGACUUCGAGGUUGGAGAGAACAUCAUGGAGCUUCAUUGAAACCCCAAAAGUCAUGGUCAUAUGUUCCAUUUGGAGUGUAUCGAUAGCUGGUCGAAGAAAGAAAAGACAUGUCCACUCUGCAGGAAGAACUUCAUUGAUAUCGUCAGAGACGAAUAUAGUAGAGGAGCCUUAAUCAAAAAGAAGAAUGAGGAAUUUAAAGCACCGGGAAAACUUGAAGAAGCCUCUAAUAUAUCUGAAGAAAGAAAGGAAGCUGAUAGAACAGUUCAGAGCAGGAGAGAUUCGUCUGAAAGCUAUGAGCCUUCAUCAAGCAUUUAUACCUCUCAAAGCCUUUCACCACAUCAGAUUGAAGUUAAUGAGCCAUAUGAUCCUAUUGCUCCUGUUAAUAACCGAGCUGCUAGUCAACCUAAUGACCCUCCUGCUAAUCCUAUCCAACCAGGUCUACUGCAAGCUCAUAAUGAUCCUAGUGCUCCUGUGCAACAUCCUGAUCACCCACCAAGCAUUCACUCGUCGCAAGACUUUCCAAUCCCCCGUUCUCAUGAAGGAGAGCCUUCGAACCAAGGCUCUAUUUUCUAUCCUAGAAGCAGCUUUUCAGAAAGCAUGAGUUCAGAAAUGGAGGCAGACUCUUCCUAAUUUUGCUGACUCAACUAAAUA